CUCGGGGCGCCCUUCUUCCGCACUCGCCCUUGCAACAAUGUCUGUGCGCAAGGAGUACGAUAUUAUUUUCGCCGGGGCUGGGACUGCUGCCUGUGUCGCAGCCGGUCGCCUCGCCGCUGCUGAUCCCUCUCUCAGGAUUCUGCUCCUUGAAGCCGGUCCCCAUACCCUUGGCCUCGCAGCGCACGUCGAGCCAUACCGCUUCGUCACCCACCUCGCACCAGAGAGCGCGACCGUCACGCCCUAUGUCUCAUCCCCUAGCGCCGCCCUAGCCAAUCGAUCUAUCGUCGUCCCUGUCGGGCAUUGCGUCGGCGGAGGCAGCUCGGUCAACUUCAUGAUGUAUACUCGCGCCGCGGCGUCCGACUACGACGACUGGGGCGCUCCUGGAUGGACUACCAAGGAGCUACUCCCGUUGUUGAAGAAGUCAGAGACCUAUCAAGAGGACUCGCCCCGACAAGACACACACGGGUACGACGGGCUGCUCAAGGUGUCCUACGGCGGUCAUUUCCUGCAUUUUGCGCGCGAGUUCCUGGACGUGGCGGCGGCGUACGACAAGGAACGCGAGAUCACCGCGGACAUGAACACGCUAUUUGAGUGCGACAAGUAUGCGCGCUGGCCGAAGUGGAUCGACAAGGAGAGCGGGAGGCGCUCGGACCCCGCGCACCACUACAUUUAUAAUCAGGCCGCGAACACGAAUCUGCGGCUCAUUGCUGGCGCGCGCGUGGUCCGAGUGCUGUUCAAAGAUAAGAAGGCGUGCGGCGUCGAGUACGUCAGCGAGAACCAGCCAGGCUCUGGGAUCAGCACCGUAUACGCAGCCAAGCUCGUCGUCUUAUCCGCAGGCGCAUUCGGCACACCGGCGAUCCUCGAGCGGUCUGGAAUAGGAGGCGCGCAGCUGCUGGAGAAGCUCGCUAUCCCGGUCGUGGUCGAUCUUCCUGGGGUGGGGGAGAGUUAUCAGGAUCACCAUCUCAUGCACGUCAGAUACCAUGCGGACGAUGAUAUGGAGACGCUGGACGCUCUUCUCGACGGAGAGCCGGAGGAAAUCGCCUACUGGUCGAAGAUGUACGAAGAGGAAGGCAAGGGGUUGAAGGCGACAAACGGCAUUGACGCUGGCAUCAAGAUCCGCCCUACUGCGACUGAGCGCGCCUCCAUGGGCCCCGCUUUCGCGGCCUACUGGGACGAAGUAUUCGAGAGCGCGCCAGAUAAGCCGCUUCUGGCUAUCUCGUGCUCUGCAGUGUCGAUUGGCGCCACCCCCUCCGUUGAUCACAAGAGCAGAUUCCUGGCUAUCUCGUUCUACACGGUGCUUCUUUACCCUCAAUCGCGUGGACGCACCCAUAUUACCAGCGCGACAGACGCGUUCGCGCCGCCAGCCUUCGAGUCGGGGUUUUUGGAGGACUCCGGCGCAGACCUCGCCGCCCUCGUCUGGGGCUAUAAGCACUCCCGAGAGCUCGCGCGGCGGAUGCCGGUAUACAGAGGCGAGCUCGCGAUGGCACACCCGAUCUUCCCGGGUUGCGGGGCCGCCGUGUCUUCAAGAGCAAACGUCGAUACGACCACUGCCACCGACGACGCGACCGUCGCCUCCGAGGGCCCGACCGUCGGUAUCAGCAGCAUGCCUCUUGUCAAGCUGGAAUACGAAAGUGAGGCGAAAGAGCCGCCCACUGCUAGCGCCCAGCAAGGAAACCGCGACAUCCAGCAAGAGAGGCAUACAGAAACGAAGAAAGAUUUCACAAGUCCCCUAGCAGGCCCCGCCCCGGGUCCCGUCCCCAUUGACGCGCCAAACAUCGUGUACAGCGCGGAAGACGAUAAGGCGAUAGAAGAUUGGGCGAGAGAACAUGUGCAAACGACGUGGCAUUCGCUUGGUACAUGUCCCAUGAGGCCUCGCUCGGAAGGCGGCGUUGUUGACGCCCGGCUCAACGUGUACGGCGUGCAGGGCCUUAAGAUAGUCGAUCUCUCCAUCGCACCCUUCAACGUUGGCGCCAAUACGUGUAGCACCGCGCUCGUGAUUGGGGAGAAGGCCGCUAUGCUGAUUGCAGAGGAUCUGGGAAUGAAGGGGGCGUGAUGUCUAAUAGAUACGUAGGAUGGCUCGCGUAUAUACAGCUCUCAACGCUCAUGCAUGUCAGCUUCACGAUGACACAAGGCAUAACCCAUUCUUG